AUGUUUCUCAUCAUCAAUACCUUCUCUUCCAACAAGGAAAUUUUCCUUUGGGAGUUGAUCUCUAAUGCGUCAGAGGCCUUGGACAAGAUUCGCUAUGAGAGCCUGACAGACACUUCCAAGUUGGACAGUGGUAAAGAGCGGAAAAUUGACAUCAUACGCAACCGUUAGGAACAUACCCUGAGUUUAGUGGACACAGGCAUCGGCAUGACCAAUGCUGAGCUCGUAAAUAAUUUGGGAACAAUUGCCAAGUCUGGUGCUAAAGCCUUUAUGGAGGCUCUUCAUGCUGGUGCAGAUGUCUCCAUGAUUGGGCAGUUUGGUGUUGGCUUUUAUUCUGCUUACCUGGUCACAGAGAAAGUGGUUGUGAUCACAAAGCAUGACUAUGAACAGUAUGCCCGGCAGUCUUCUGCUGGGGGCUUCACUGGGCAUGCUGAUCGUGGCGAGCCCAGGGGCCGAGGUAGCAAAGUAACCCUCCUCCUUAAAGAAGAUCAGACAGAGUGCUUAGAGGAGAGCGGGGUCAAAGAGGUGGUGGAGAAGCACUUGCAGCGGAUUGGCCGUCCCAUCACCCUUUACUUGGAGUAGGAACGAGGGAAGGAAAUCAAUGCUGAUGAGGCAGAGGAAGAGAAAGGUGAAGGAGAGGAAGAGCAGGAUGAUGAGGAGGCGCCCAGGACUGAAGACGUGGGCUCAGAUGAGGACGACGGCAGUGGUAAGGAUGACAAAAAGAAAACCGAGAAGAUAAAGGAGAAAUACAUUGAGCAGGAAGAACUGAACAAGACUAAGCCCAUUUGGACCAGAAACCCUGAUGCCAUCACCCAGGAGGAAUGUGGAGAAUUCUACAGGAGCCUCACCAGUGGCCGGGAAGACCACUCGGCAGCCAAGCGCCUCUCUAACAAGAAGAAAAAGAAUAACAUCAAACUCUAUGUCUGUUGUGUGUUCCUCAUAGACAGCUGUGAUGAGUUGACACCAGAGUAUCUCAACUUUGUCCUGGAUGACAAGGGGAAUGACAAGAAAUUCUACAAGGCAUUCUCCAAGAAUCUAAAGUGUGGCAUCCGUGAGGACUCCACUAACUGGCGACGCCUUUCCGAGCUGCUGCGCUAUCCUACCUCCCAGUCUGCAGGUGAGAUGACUUCUCUGUCAGAGUACAUGUCUCUCAUGAAGGAGACACAGAAGUCCAUCUGUUCUAUCACUGGCGAGAGCAAAGAACAGGCGGUCAGCUCCACAUUUGUGGCGUGAGAGUGGAAGCAGGGCUUUGAGGUAACGUAUAUGACUGAGCCUACUGACGGGUAUUGUGUGCAGCAGCUCAAGGAGUCUGAUGGGAAGAGCCAGGUGUCAGUCACCAAGGAGGGUUUGCAGCUACCCGAGGAUGAGGAGAAGAAGAAAACGGAGGAGAGCAAGGCCAAGUUUGAGAACCUCUGCAAGCUCAUGAAAGAAAUCUUGGAUAAGAAGGUAGAGAAGGUGACAAUCUCCAAUAGGCUUGUGUCUUCUCCGUGCUGCAUUGUGACCAGCACCUAUGGCUGGACAGCCAACGUGGAGCCUAUCAUGAAAGCCCAGGCCCUUCGGGGCGACUCUACAAUGGGCUACGUGAUGGUCAAAAAACACCUGGAGAUCAACCCCAACCACCCCAUUGUGGAGAUGCUGUGGCCGAAGGCUGAGGUGGACAAAAAUGACAAUGCUAUCAAAGACCUGGUGAUGCUGCUCUUUGAAACUGCACUGCUCUCUUCUGGCUUCUCCCUUGAGGAUCCCCGGACCCACCCCAAGUGCAGCUACUGCAUGAUCAGGCUAGGCCUAGGCACUGAUGAAGAUGAAGUGUCAGCAGAAGAACCUAGUGCUGCAGUUCCAGGUGAGAUCCCACUCCUUGAGCCUGAUGAGGAUGCCUCUUGCAUGGAAGUAGAUUACGAGUUUCUACUUGGGAACUUUGUGCCCUCUCUCCUCACCCAGCUCCAGCCCCUGUGGGACUCCGGGUGA